AUGUUUGGUUAUAUUUUUUUCAAUUUAUUUAAACAAAAAAAUUUGUCUUUUUUUUCAAGUGAAAUCUCAGAAAUAAUGGAACAACCAUUUUAUCGUUUCUUCAAAACUUUGUGUCGUUCUGGUGAAGAAACAGAUACAAGACAAUUUCUUUUAUCAAUAUUGAAAAAAAUGAUGGAAGAAUGUAAUCGAAUUGGUUAUUUAUUUCUUUUCUUUCUUUCAAGUAUUGAAAGAGAAAAUAAUGGAAAUGGAGGAGGUAGUGGACGUUCAAGCAGAUUAGGAAAUAAUGGAAGUAGUUGGCCGUCUGUUGACCAAGCUGUGGAAACUUACAAAACUGUGUGUCAAUUAAUGGAUACUGAAUGGGAAAAGCAGUUAGCUAAGGACCUCGAGCAAUGUUCAUUUGACGAUUACCAAUUAUUUUCCCAUUUACUCGUUAAUGUAUUAGCUCGUUUAACACCUUAUGGCCCACCAACAAAAGUUAUGCGUUUAAUUUGUGGUUCAAUGAAUACUCGCCUUUUGUCUUGUUUAAUGAGUGAAAUUGUUCGUGAAAAUGUUGUUUUAUUUGGUGAGGGAGACGUGCUUUCAAUGUUAGUGGAUUCGCUUAAAUGGGACUCUUUAGAACAAAUGAUGCUUUGGCAAAUGUUGCAAACGGAAGCUGUGGAGUUUGACAAAUUUAUUGAUUUAUUGCAAAGACUAAAUUACAAUCAACAUCCAGAAGCUACAGCAGCCGUUAUUGUUAUUAUGAGAAAUAUGGAACCAGAUCCAGAUGUUGCUAUAAUGAAAAGUUUACUUCGAAAUUUACUUUUGAGACCGCCAAAUAAAGAUUUGUUUACUGUGGAUGCUAUAAAGUUACUUAUUGACUAUGAUGAUAAUAUUCCACCAGUAGCCAAUUGUAUUAGUAAAUUUGUGAAGAAAGCUGUAGCAGAUGGUGAUAUUAAAGGUCCAAUUUGUAGUCCAAAACAUUCUUCAAUUAAAAUGGCGAAAAAUCGUAUAUUGACUGCUGAAUAUAUUUUUGGACAUUUGGAUCGUUUGCGUAAAUAUUGUAUGGAAAAAGAAUCACAACGUGCCGAAAAUUUGUUAAAAAAUCAAUUAUUGUUGGAUAUGGCUUUAUCAGUUAAAAGAAAUGUCAAAACAAUUGAAUUGAGAAAUAAAUUUGAUGAAUUAUUUGCUCUAUUUGACAUUUUAUUGGAAGAUGAACAAGCUGCAAAUGGAGGAAAACAACAACGACGAAAAGCUAAUAAUAAUAAGGUUAUAAAAAAUAAAAAAAUUAAUAUGAAUGUUAGGUCGUUUGUUAAUUGGUGA